AUGGAACUGUUUACCCUGUGUAACCUGCAUGUUCUGCUGCAGCUGGAGCUGCGAGGGGUUUUGCUGGAGGAAGGAACGGAUGCCGCCGCGGACCCCGCGUUUCUCCUAGAGGUCCUGGAGAUCAAUGAGAGCCUCGCAGAGACGCGGAGCCAAGAUGAGGUCAGCACUAUCGGGCGGUCUGUGCGAGAGAAACUGAAAGACUUGACUGAACGGAUGAAUUCAUCUCUGAUUAAAGGGGAUCUGCUGACCGCCAAAGAGCUCCUGGCCCAAAUGAAGUACUUCACAAAUAUAGAGGAGAAGCGUCAGGGAGACAGGAUCAAGGUGUGUGCAUGCUGGAGCUGAAAAUGCCUCCGCUGAGCUGUAGGGGGAAGCAUGUCACCUCACUAUGGAGACUGUAGAAAACCCCUCAACGGCUGUAAGUCGUGUUUAUGAAAUGCUUGUUAUAUAUUCUUAUGUAUGAAGAGCAUCAUUUGGGUAGAUCUUAAAUU